CUAACGUGACAGACUCAAUUUGAUUGAAUUACUGCAUAUUUUCACGUCACAGGCUAAAAAACAAUUAGUAAAGAAUUUAUGUCUCACACUAUACAUGUUAAAAACAACAAAAAUUUAAAAAGUUAUUAGUGCAGACAGACAAACAUUCUAUCACCUUCCCCAUAUAUAACUACGCCACUUAUCUUCCAGUUAACAAAUAAUUUAAAAAAUCACUUAAUCACUAAAAAAAAAAUAUUUAAAACUUGAUAGAUUACAAGUCACAAAAACGAAAUCGAAAUCGAAAUCGAAAUCUACCCGUCAAUUCCCCUUUAAAAAACUUUAUUUAAAAAAAAACAAAAACAGGAGAAAAUAAAGAAAGAGGGAAAGGUAGCAGCAGCAGUAGUUGCAGUUGCAAUUGGAGUGGUGUGUUUCGUACAUCCAAAAAUAGAGAGGAAGAGAGCAUUAAAUGGCAGUAAAAGCAUAGCAAGGCGAUGAGGAAGAGGAACCUCCACCUCCACCUCCACCUCAAGCGAUUCGUCUGCGGUUCUACCUCUUCCAAUCACCUCAUUUCUUCUGCAACCAAUUCUUCCCGGCCACGCAAUCUAGCUUCAGCACCAUUUGUUGGAGAUGAAGCUGAAGCAGUUGCCUCUCCUAGGGAGGCCCCUGGAAUUUCUAUUGGUCUUAAUUGGGCUCUGGCUGGAAGAGGUGUAAUUGUGAAGGAUAAAGCUUUUCUAAACUUGAAGCCUUCUGAGCUACGGCAGAAAGGUGCAACUGGUGCAGAGUCAUUAUCUGGACUUCCAGUUCAUGUCAGAGGAAAUGUUCUUGGAGGAUCUUCAGAAAUUUCGAAGGCACAAUUUAGUAAACUUUUAAAGCAGGUCACAGCACACAUAUCGUCUAUCUCCAUAAUUUUUGUUCAUGACGGUGCUAUUGGCUCAUCUCCAAAAUGUGAUGCCAAAGUUCGUAUAAUAAGCGACAGUCCUUCUGCUGUAUUGUCACUUUCCAGUGUUCUUUGGAGAACCCCUACUCGUGCAGUUUCCCAUGAUUCCUGUCCUCUGACAAUUUAUGUUGCCACAUCUAUAAGUCCAAGUGCUGGGGAUGUUCUUGGUCUUGGUGCUCAAGGGAAUAAUGAUUUUAUUGCUGCUGAUGUUGAGCGAUCAUCGCUGAUUUUAUGUGGAAAAGCAUUCACUGAUGCAAAGGGUACAAAAGAAGCAUUAGCCACCUUGUCUGGACCUAUCAUAACUUCGCGAGGAGGUCUUCCUCUAUCUGCUGGGCUUCUUGUGUCUGGUGAGUCAGUGAUUCUUUUAUUUGCUUCAGAGGAUACCAUUCAAAGCUGCUCAGAUAUGUUGGUUCCCGGGGAUCCUGGUGUAGUUCUUUCUUCAGAAGGUGCUUCACCUUUAUUCCAUAAUGGAAACUGUGUAGGGUCAUAUCUAUCAAAAUUGCCAGCUGCUGUUAUAUUUGUAUCUUCCGAUAGUUCUGGAACUAUUCCUUCUGCAUCAAAGCUCUCUCCUGGACAAGCAGCUUAUCAUUUCCUGGCAGGCUAUCAGAAUGGGAAAUUCAUGCCUGCAUACAGCUUGUGUCCUUCAGCCGUUGACCCGUUGGAGCUAGCAAAGGUUUUUCUGUCCAAGAUAAAAGACGACCAAAUUCCAUCCUUUCUAAUUAAUAUCAGCGAAGGAGAAAAGCAGAUAAGUGGCAAGGAUCUCGUUAAGUUUGUGCAAUCAACCUUAUUAUUCAAGAAUAUUCCACCAUUUGAACACAAAGGUGGACAUCUCCACAAAAAGUACAAGAGCUUCUUAUCCACAAAAUUUCAACAACUACCUGAGGAAUUCUCAUUCUGAAAUCUGCUUGUCAUCAUCAUCCCAUGUUUUUGUUGCGGAUGUACAAAUGUGAUGCCUUCCUUUCAUUCGUUCUGUUUGUCUUUUUGAUGAGAGAUGCCUUUCUUAACUAAUCUGUAGCUCUGAACAUUUGUAUAAUAUAUGCUGUGCUUACACACAUCAGUCUUUAUAACAAAUUUUGUAGUUCCUCAGAAUCGCUUAUGUGAGAAAUUAGGCACAAAUUCAGAUUGUUGCAACUAUUGAAGUGCUGAUUUUGUGAAGUCCUAAAAACUAUAAUGGGACAUGCUAGAAGUAUUAUGUUUUCAACCAAAGAUCAUAUUGAAUUUGCAUACUGAUAAUGGA